UUGCAUUCUCUACUGUUUACUUCUCUCUCAUAUUAAAUCCAUGGCUACUUCCAUCGCCGGCGCCGGAUUAAUAUCGUCACCGCUUGCAUUGUUCGGCACCGCCUCAGCACGGCGGCGUCCGGCGGCCCUUGUUGCUGUCAAUGCUGAGCGCAAGCUUAAUCAUAGCAAUGGAAAAGCCGUAACUUCCGGCGCCAUGGAAGAGGAGCAGGAAGUUAAGCGGAGUUGGAGAGAUUACUUUGAAUUGGCUAAGCUCUUCAUCGGAUCUGACGGUGGUCCGCCUCGUUGGUUUUCGCCAUUGGAGACUGGGAAGAGAAUGCACAACUCUCCUCUUCUUCUCUACUUGCCCGGAAUUGAUGGUCUUGGAUGUGGACUUGUUUUACAACACCAGAACCUAGGCAAGAUAUUUGAUGUAUGGUGCUUGCACAUACCUGUCAAGGAUCGAACUCCAUUCCAAGAACUGGUAUUGCUGGUUGAGGAAACUGUAAGGUCAGAGAAUCUUCGGUCCCAUGAGAAACCCAUUUAUCUUGUUGGAGAAUCAAUUGGAGGAUGUGUUGCAUUAGCUGUGGCUGCUCGAAAUCCUGAUAUUGAUCUUGUACUCAUUUUGGCUAAUCCUGCUACAUGUUAUAGCAAAUCAAACCUGCUACUUCUAUUUCCUUUACUGAAAAUCAUCCCCAAUUACAUUUCUCUGAUCAGUAUACGAAACAUGCUCGGCCUUAUGACAGGUGAACCCUUUAAUUUGAUCUCAUCUAGUGUGGAGAAAGGGCUUGAACGACAAGCAACAUUGGAACAACUUUCUCAAGGUCUUGGUGAUCUGUUAUCCUACUUAUCUUCGCAGGUCUUGGCUGAUAUUCUUCCUAGAGAGACACUUUUGUGGAAGCUGCAGAUGAUGAAAUCAGCUUGCUCAUUUGCUAAUUCGCGUUUACAUGCUGUCAAAGCUCAGAUUUUAAUUCUUGUCAGUGAAAGGGAUCAACUUCUACCAAGCUUGGAGGAAGCAGAAAGGAUUCGUGAAGCUUUACCAAAACAAGAGAUUCGUGUGUUGAAAAACACUGGAAAAAUGCCAAAGUGUGAGAUUCGUUACUUCAAGGACUCUGGUCAUUUUCUCUUCCUGGAAGAUGGUGUUGAUAUUGUGACCAUUAUAAAGGGUACAAGUCUAUAUCGUUGUGGUAAAUUCCACGACUAUCUUUCUGACUACUUGCCUCCCACUGACGCUGAAUUUAAAAAACUAUCUGAUCCAUUCAGAUGGCUUGACAUUGCUACUGGACUGGUGAUGCUCUCUACUUUGGAGAAUGGUAAAAUUGUGCGAGGCCUUGCAGGAAUUCCUAGUGAAGGUCCUGUACUAUUAGUUGGAAAUCACAUGUUACUGGGUUUGGAUUUAUAUCCUAUAGUAAUAAACUUUAUGAAAAAGAGAAAUAUUAUCUUGAGAGGUCUUGCACAUCCUUUGUUUUUUGUAAAGCUGCAAGAAGACGUAUUGGAUAUAUCUAUGUUCGAUCCAUUUAGGAUCAUGGGUGCAGUUCCGGUCUCAGCCAGUAACAUCUACAAGUUACUUUCAUCAGGUUCUCACAUUCUGUUGUAUCCGGGAGGAGUGCGCGAAGCUCUUCAUGACAAGGGUGAGGAAUAUCAAUUAUUUUGGCCAGAAAGGUCUGAAUUUGUGAGAAUGGCUUCUAGUUUUGGAGCAAAAAUUAUACCUUUCGGAGUUAUUGGAGAAGAUGAUGUUUGUGAGAUUCUUCUAGACUCUGAAGAUCAGAUGAAAAUUCCUUACCUCAGGGAAGCCAUAGAGAAACGGACUAGUCAGAUUCAAUUAAGGACUGACUUGGAAGGGGAAGUAGCAAAUCAAAUUACGUAUUUUCCAGGAGUUGUACCAAAACUUCCAGGCCGAUUCUAUUAUAUGUUUGGCAAACCAAUUGACACAGCAGGCAUGAAGCAGGAGUUGAGAGACAAAGAGAAAGCACACGAAGUAUAUUUGCAAGUGAAGUCAGAGGUUGAGCGUUGCAUCUCAUAUUUAAAGGAGAAAAGGGAAAAAGAUCCCUACCGGAGUCUUGCUGCCCGAACAUUGUACCAAACCAUGCAUGGCUCCGAGGCUGAUGUUCCUACAUUUGAGCAUUAGUUAUUAUUUACGUACAUGGAAGUUCCCUAAUUACAAGAACUUACAGUAUGUUAUCUACAGUCCUACAGAGCUGCAUACAAUGGUCCAGUCACCCUGUAUACUCCAACACAAUAAAUAAAUUAAAAAGGGACCUUUACUAUGUAAAAUCAGACAAACGAUUAAUAUAUAACAAUUCAUUGGUGGCUUAUUUACUUCCUGAACCAUCAUUUUCAUACCUGAAGGAAUAGAUUUCAUUUCUAUCUUUACGUUGUCAACCACGAUGCCAAGCCUCAGGUGGCACGACAAGUUUCGUUCAUCACAGGAGACAGUUAUUAUAACUCAUACAAGCCAGAUUCAGUCGAGGAGUCCAGUAACUACUUGGGAGCUCCUGCUGAUGACUGUUGAUUUUAAGGCUGCUAACUACAUCCUCCAAAGGAAACUCAGCCUUCAAUACGAUUCUGAUUAAUAGCCGAGCUCUUAGUAUGAAUGUAGCUUGAUAAUUUUCUACUUUCUGGCUUUGUAGUCCAAGAAAACUUGGAAGCACUAUGUAAGUUUUCUUAAUGAAACUGACAACAUGCGUAAGUGCUACAUAUUGAGUU